ACCCCACAAACCAAACAACGCCUCAAUUUCCACUCGAAAACCCCAAACCCAGACGCGUCCAAAGACCAGAUCCCACCGGAGCACCCAGUCGAAGUGGUCGGCCGGAUCCGAGACUACCCAGAUCGGAAGGAGAAGCCAGCUUCGAUCUUGCAAGUGAACCCAGAUAACCAAACGGUCCGAGUCAAAGCCGAUGUCGGGUACAGAGACUUCACGCUCGACGGCGUUUCUUUCUCGGAGCAAGAAGGCCUCGAAUCGUUCUACAAGAAGUUCAUCGAAGAGAGGAUCAAAGGCGUGAAGGUCGGGAACAAAUGCACGAUCAUGAUGUACGGACCUACCGGUGCCGGAAAGAGCCACACGAUGUUUGGAUGCGGGAAGCAACCUGGGAUCGUGUAUCGGUCCUUGAGGGAUAUUCUCGGAGAUUCGGAUCAAGAUGGUGUUACUUUCGUUCAGGUCACUGUUCUUGAGGUUUAUAAUGAAGAGAUUUAUGAUCUUCUUUCGACAAAUAGUAGCAACAAUCUAGGGAUUGGUUGGCCUAAAGGAGCAAGCACUAAGGUUAGGCUUGAAGUAAUGGGAAAGAAGGCGAAAAACGCAACCUUUAUUUCAGGGACAGAGGCUGGGAAAAUAGCUAAAGAGAUUGUGAAAGUGGAGAAGCGUAGGAUUGUGAAAAGCACUCUAUGUAAUGAAAGAAGUUCUCGUAGUCACUGCAUGAUCAUACUAGAUGUGCCAACUGUUGGAGGAAGGUUGAUGCUUGUGGACAUGGCUGGUUCUGAGAACAUAGACCAAGCUGGCCAGACUGGAUUUGAGGCGAAGAUGCAAACUGCUAAGAUCAAUCAGGGAAACAUUGCGUUGAAGCGAGUUGUGGAAUCAAUAGCAAAUGGUGACUCUCAUGUGCCCUUUAGAGACAGCAAACUGACAAUGCUGCUUCAGGACUCUUUUGAAGAUGACAAGUCAAAGAUUCUAAUGAUCUUAUGUGCAAGUCCGGAUCCAAAGGAGAUGCACAAGACUCUCUGCACUCUAGAGUAUGGUGCAAAAGCAAAGUGCAUAGUUCGUGGGUCUCAUACUCCGAACAGAGAUAAGAAUGGAGGUGAUGAGUCUUCCUCUGCUGUGAUCUUGGGGUCGAGAAUCGCUGCCAUGGAUGAGUUUAUUUGCAAACUCCAGUCUGAGAAGAGGCAUCAAGAAAAAGAGAGGAACGAUGCACAAAAGCAGCUGAAGAAGAAGGAAGAGGAAGUUGCUGCUUUGCGAUCUCUUUUGACGCAGAAGGAAGCAUGUGCUACCAAAGAAGAGGAGAUCAAAGAGAAAGUGAACGAGAGAACACAGAUUUUGAAAGCAGAGCUAGACAAGAAACUUGAGGAGUGCAGGAGAAUGGCUGAGGAGUUUGUUGAGAUGGAGAGAAGGAGGAUGGAGGAAAGGAUUGUGCAGCAGCAAGAGGAGCUGGAGAUGAUGAGGAGAAGGUUGGAGGAAAUCGAGGUUGAGUUCAAGCGCUCAAAGGAUGGAGGAAGAGGAAGUAUAGAUGAAACUAGUGGGUUUGCUAAAAGACUCAGGGGUCUUUACUCUGAUGAAGACAUGGUGAAGUCAAUGGAUCUUGACAUGGGCGAUCAAGAGCCAGUCAAGCAGCUCUGGGGACCAAGCGAUUUGUCUAACGUGUUGCAACCAAAGCCUUCAGAGAAUUUGCUUGCGCAAAUGUACCCGGACAGGGUAUGCCUGAGCACUGUCUUUGAAGAAGAAGAGGCUGAAGAAGAUGAAGAGAAAGUGAUCGUCGAGGAUAAAAGCAUCUGCUCGAUAACAACAACAACACCAACGCCUAGUUUGAAGUUUGAAGGUUUAGGUAAAGAGAAUUGCUCUAACGGUACAGACAACAAAGAAUCAGCAUCAUCUAGAAAGUUGAGAAUCCAGAACAUUUUCACACUCUGUGGCAAUCAGAGAGAGCUGUCUCAACACACUGAGGAGGUUCUUGAAGCCAAGAGUGAUCAGUUGUUUCUUGCAACGCAUAAGGAAGACGCAAAGGAGAACAGUAAUCUCUCAGUUGAUGAAAGCAAAAGCGGGCAGCUUGAUAUCUAUGUUAAAUGGGAAGCAACUAGUGAUAACCCUCUGAAGCAGCAGCUCAUAACAACACUGAGAGUUACAAAAGACGCAACACUAGCUGACUUGAGGAAGCUUAUUGAGAUCUACCUUGGAUCUGAUAACCAAGCUUUCACCUUUCUCAAGCUUGGGGAACCAUGUGGAGCUCAAGUGGCAAAAGAGAAGGAAUCAACAGUAAAAGCUGCGAGCCUGCCUUUCUGCAAUGGACACGCUCACCUUGCUACUCUCAGACCGGGAAAGAGCUUACAACUUCAAAGUCUUGCACAGGCGAGUCCACUUCCACUAACUCCCAUAGAAAACAAGAUGCAGUUUACGCCCAUCUCAAGAAUGACACCGAAGCACCAAGUUGAUGAUGAACUUUCAUCACCCAUCGUAGCUCAUCUCAGCUCCACUCCAUUCAUCACUCUCAGAAGACAU